AUGUCGCAUUCGGGACUGCAAAAAGAGGUCUUGAGUCUAUACAGACGAGCACUCCGCAUCCCGCGCUCAAAGCCGGAGGCCAGUCGAUCCAAAUGGAAUCUGAUGUUGCGCUAUACUUUUCGUACUCAAGCCGCACGAGCUCAUCCAGGCGCAUUUUCGACAAUUGAAUAUCUCUUACGAGCUGGGCGGAGACAAAUCGACAUGUUUGAGCACCCCUCGGUGAAAGACUGCCACGUUUCGGCCGAAAUGCAAAGUUGGCAAACAGAGCACAAAAAUACUAGUCGAUCCCAAACUUAG